UUUCAAUUUUCUCACACACACAGAGAGAGAGAGAGAGAGAGUCCAGUGGAGGCUGGCAGAGGAACUGAUAGAGAACUUUCAAAGCUCUUUUUCCACCACCAUCACUCAACUAGCCUCUACAUUGCAGUCUCAAACUGAAAGUCUUUUAAUUUUCUGAAAGCUUUAGCUAUCUUCCUAUCCGAAAGAUUGUUUGGCUCAUUUUUUUUCUGUCUCUCUCUGUCGGUACCAUGAGACCUGAGGGGAACCCCUUGGACCUCAACAACUUGCCUGAUGAUUUUAGAGAUCAUGGUAAACAAGUCUUCGAGGACAGCUCCUCCUCUGGCUAUAGGAAAAAGAAAAGCGGCGGAAAGGAUGGAAAAGACGAGUGUGGGAAGGUCUAUGAGUGUAGGUUUUGUUCCCUCAAGUUCUGCAAAUCUCAGGCUCUCGGGGGACACAUGAACCGCCACCGUCAAGAGAGGGAGACAGAAACACUGAACCGGGCCCGUCAGCUAGUCUUCAGUACCGAUAACCUAGUCUCCCAAGGUCCUUCCCAUCUAGGCUGCUGCCAACCAAUCGUCCCAGGAGGCUAUCAUCCAGCAGGCAACGUUGGAGACCCAACAUUGCCUCUCAGAUUUCCAAGAUUCUUCCCUGGAUCUCCUUCAACCCAUUUACCACCACCAGUACCUCAGGCACCACAACCACCUCAACCAUAUUUAUACACCGCCUCUCCCACUCGCCCAAUCUCCUUUCGUACACCUUAUCCUCAACAUCCAAUGAACGAUUACUGUGUUGGCCAUGUUCUCAGCAGCAACCAACAAUGCCAACCAAACUUGAGCUAUUCACCAGACUCUAGCUACACUUGCAUUGGUGCACCGGUUGGACAAGGGUUUGCGCCUGGCAGCAGCAGCCGGGUCUCUGACAUGCUAGGAUCAGGAGUACUGGGAGGAGGGGGAGGCUCUGGUAGAGAAGGGUCAUCGCACAAUCCCGAGGAGGGAUUGAAUUGGAGCCGGAGCUUUGCAGGAACACAGCAACAACGUCUGGAUGCUCCACCUUCGCUCACUCGGUUUCAAGAUGGGUUCUAAUUAAGGCGAGAUUUCUGAAGUCAUAGUUUCAACUUUCAAGUACUGUUAAUCUAUAUUGGCACGCCACCCACAGAGAGAGAGAGAGAGAGAGAGAGAGACCUAACAAGAUGACAGAUGGGUUCGUGCAAGAUAGUAGAGAAAGAUAGAGAGAGUUUUGGAUUUUCUUCAGGGACUGAGACAGCUUUUGAGCUCAUGUACAUGCUCAGCUAGUUUGGCUUGGAGCUGUAUUGGGAUUGAAGGGGUUUGGUAUCGGUGUGUACAACCCAACAGUUGAUAAAUUAAGGUGGGAAUUAGACCGGGCUGGGACAAGAAGUUAGAUAUGAACUGAAAGUUUCUAAAACUCUUUUACAUUUUGGAGUUCGUUUUGCAUGGCGACGAGCUUUUCUCUUUUCUUUUUCUUUUUUUCCCUAAAUCCCUUUUUCUUUUUCUUUUGUUUUUUCCACUGUCGAUUCUCGUUUCUAUUUACAUUUUAUGAGUCCUUUGUACAUCGACUUUGACCAGAAGAAGACGGAAUUUGGUUCU